UGACGCAGGUAGGAGGGACUAACUGGAAUAAAGUCAAGGCUCCGAGAACAGGAAAUUCUUCUGAAUGUGGCAGUGUUUCCUUUCGUACCAGACGAGGUCUAAAAUUGCUGGGAGGAAAAAUGUCCCCUAGGCUAAAAAGUGAGACCCAGGCAGUGGCAGAAGAUUACAUUAACUACUCCUUGGGGAUCCAACAGACACCUCCCAGCGAACCUGCCCAGGCCAUGAGACACCUGGCCAAGAAAAUGGAGAGGCAAUACCAUCUGAAAUUCCAGUCACUCUCCGAGGCAUUCCUGAGCUCCUGUGGGACUGACACCAGUGCUUGUUUAAAAAAAGUGAUGGAGGAGCUGGUGGGAGAUGGGACAUUGAACUGGGGAAGAGUGGUGUCUCUGUUUACCUUUACUGGGGUGCUGGCGAGUGACCUCCACUCCAGAGGCGAGAGCCGAGAACGCUGCAGGAGACUUGCAGAGACGAUAGCUGACUACCUUGGAGGGGAAAAACAAGCAUGGCUGAAGGAAAAUGAUGGCUGGGAGGGGUUCAGAAGGUUUUCCUCCUGCGCUGCAGAGAUGAACCAGGAAUCAUCAAUGAAGACUGCGCUGUUUGCAGCUGCUGGUGUGGGCAUUGCAGGACUGACCUUUCUGCUCGUACGCUAGGAUGGUUUUUCCCUUUUUAAGGGAAAUGCUUAACUGGCAUGAGGCUGGAGGUUAGGGUGUUCUGGACUAGAGUACAGCGCAGUGAUGCCCCCUACAGUCUGGUAUUGGUUCCUGACCGUAAUUGGGGCCAGCAGUCUCACAGGGUGGUACAUAAUUGGCUAUUGUAUCACCUAGGGACGGUUUGUAAAAUGGCUCUGGUCAAUCAGGUGUCUGCAGUCUUCCUGCACCAACUUUGCAACUCAAACACAAUGACUGCACAGCUCAGCCUUCGGGCUGCAGAAUUAAGAGGUGUUUGGGAAGAGAUUGCUCUCCUGUAUUGACGCUGACUAUGAUUUGGCAUUCCAAAUUGGGAUAAAUUGAUUCCAAAAAAGAUUUGUUCAGUGACAACCAUUGUUAAUGGAAAACGUGUGUUUAAAGUGUAAGAAAGAAAUGUAUUAAUAUAUUAUUUACAUUAAAUAAAAAUGUAAGUGGGGCAAUUCUGUUGUUGGUUUGCAGAAUUCAUUGCAUCAUGUUUUAUUCCACUGUUUUGAAAGAUCUUGCUAAAUUAAGAUUCUUUUCACAUUUUUCUGUUUAAGGUACUAGUUCAACUGCAAACCUUUUUGUUCAACUGCUCAAGUUUUAGCAUUCCUUAUUUAUAAAGACAUUUUCAUUAUUUAUUCAACAGUUUGUUUGUUUUUUAUUUAAUAAAAACAAAACAAAAAACAACAA